AGGCUCUUCUGAUUGGACGAUACAGGUCUGAGGCGAGAGCCUGUUUUAAAUUUAAAAGAGCACUAUCCUGAGGCUUGGUCUUGCAGUUUGGUGCUGGUUUGUAGCACAGUGCGCAGUAUAAUCUGAGUUUAAACCUGUGUUCAGUUCCAGCCUAACUCCCAGCCGCCUGUAAGAUGGCCGACAAGCCUGAUAUCAGUGAGAUCUCUCACUUCGAUAAGAACAAGCUGAAGAAGACCGAGACUCAGGAGAAGAAUACUCUACCAACCAAAGAGACAAUUGAACAGGAGAAGCAGAGUGUCUAAGAUGACUACCUCCCCCAGUUCAUCGCCAAGGACAAAAUGGGGCUUCUGGAAAUUUUUUUCUCAUGGACAUAAUUGUGGCUUCUCCUAACCAGCAGUACCACCUCUUGUAUAAAGCUGGAGCUGAAGCAUGACUUAGAGUUAAUGGAGGCCUACUCUGAGCAUGAACUGGGAUGUACAGCCUUGUAAAGGGAUUGAAGUAUGGGGGUGGUGGUACAUGCUCUCUUAUGGAACUUGGUGAAAUAAAGAUAUUGCACCUGUGA